GAAGUACGUCGUAGCGAAGAAGAACGUCAUCCGGAAGUCGUCACCCGGAAGUGCGUUUGUAACAUGCUUGUAAACAACUAGCGAGCAGCGGACUGACUGAAGUGUAAAAUAUUUAUCAUCGUUUUUUGAAUUUCACUAAACAGCAGGUGUAGCUGAAGAUCAUGUCGAAGGAGGAGGUUAAAGUGUCGGAGGGGAUCGUAGAUCUCGAAGAGCCGAAGAAAAUGACCCGAGAAGACUGGAGGAAGAAGAAAGAGCUGGAAGAACAGAGAAAAUUAGGAAAUGCUCCAGCUGAAGUUGACGAGGAGGGAAAGGAUAUCAACCCUCAUAUUCCCCAGUACAUCUCGUCUGUCCCUUGGUACAUCGACCCAUCAAAGAGACCCACCCUUAAGCACCAGAGACCCCAGGAAGAGAAAGAGAAACAAUUUGCGCCAAUUGGAGAUUGGUACAAAAGGGGUGUACAAGAAAAAACAGUCAGCACAAAAUACAGAAAAGGUGCAUGUGAAAACUGUGGUGCCAUAACCCAUAAGAAGAAAGACUGUAUGGAGAGACCCAGAAAAGUUGGAGCGAAGUUUUCGGGCACAGGCAUGGCACCAGAUGAGCACCAACAGAUUCAGCUCUCAAUGGAUUAUGAUGGAAAGAGAGAUCGCUGGAAUGGCUAUGAUCCUGAAGAGCACACGCGCAUUGUAGAGGAAUAUGCUAAAGUCGAUUUGGCCAAGCGUACUCUCAAAGCUCAGAAACUCCAGGAGGAGUUAGCUUCUGGCAAACUAAUGGAUCAAGCUAAUUCAAAGAAACAUCUUGGCGACGAUGCAAUACAGGAACACAGCAGUGAAGAUGAGGAUGACGACAAAUAUGUUGACGACUUCGACAUGCCCGGACAAAACUUUGAUUCCAAGAGACGAAUCACAGUUAGAAACCUGAGAAUCCGGGAGGACAUUGCUAAGUACCUCCGAAAUCUGGAUCCAAAUUCAGCCUACUAUGAUCCCAAGACUCGAGCCAUGAGGGAGAACCCAUAUGCCAAUACUGGAAAAAAUCCAGAAGAGGUGGGCUAUGCUGGAGACAACUUUGUGCGCUACUCUGGAGACACCAUUUCCAUGGCCCAGACACAGCUGUUUGCUUGGGAAGCCUAUGAGAAGGGAUCUGAAGUUCACCUCCAGGCAGAUCCCACCAAGCUGGAGCUUCUCCAUCAGUCCUACAAAGUCAAAAAGGAUGAUUUCAAAGAGAAACAGAAAGAGAGUAUUUUGGAAAAGUAUGGUGGGCAGGAGCACUUGGACGCCCCUCCGCGAGAGCUUCUGCUGGCUCAGACAGAGGAGUAUGUGGAGUAUUCUCGUCACGGGGCUGUGUUGAAAGGACAAGAGAAGGCUGUGGCCUGUUCCAAAUACGAGGAGGACGUGCUCAUUAAUAACCACACGUGUAUCUGGGGAUCGUAUUGGAAAGAUGGCUAUUGGGGUUACAAAUGCUGCCACUCGAUGGUGAAGCAAAGUUACUGUACAGGAGAAGCUGGCAAGAAAGUUGUGAGCAAUUCUUGUAUUCCAUUUGAAGAUGACGUAGAGGAGGCCGAAACGAGUGAAGAACCAAAGACUCUUUUACAGAUGCACCAAGAAAAAAUGAAAGACAAGAAAAAGAAGAAAAAGAGCAAGAAACACAGAGACUCUGACAGCAGUGAUGAGGAUGAUGAAGCAAAAAAGAAAGAAAAGCUGAAGAAGGCAUUGAGUGCAGAGGAGCAGAGGCUGAAGCAGGUGGCUGAAAUGAUGCAGCUUGAUGAGAGGAAGCGGGCGUAUAACAGCCUAAAGGAAGUGCGUGAACCCACAGAGGAGGAGAUGGAAGCCUUCCGUAUGAAACGCUGCCGACCCGAUGACCCCAUGGCCUCUUUUCUGGGGCAGUGAAUGAAAAUAACAACUGAAAUGUCAUAGUCUCAGUUAUUGUAAAAUCUGUUAUUGCUUAAUCUGUGAUACAAAAAGACCAGUUUUUGAGGUAAUAAUAGGAAACGUCCCAUAUUAUCAGCACAUGACAGUCUGUUAUAACCAGCAGUUAAGGUUUCACAUCUUUUUGUAUAAAUCUGUGUAGAUUAUAGUAGAAAAUAAAUCAGCUUUAUUUUCUCAAUGUUUUCUUGUUUUUUUAUUUUUAUUUUGAGAGUACAUAAACAUUGUUUUAUUAGUCUUUUAAUUAUAAAGUGGCCAAUAAAUUACAAACAGGCAAUGUUUGGUGAAUCAUCUGUUUUGAUUUAACAAAUAUGUUCCAUUCUCGCUUUCCAAGGUAUUUGAAUGUACUCAUAAUGAACAUAACCUGACCAUUAGUUGACAUUAAACAUAUUUAAACCUGAA